CCCACUGCCUCUCUGCCACCGGCCCGCCACUGUGCCAGCCCCCAGGAUGGGUGCCCCGAGCGGGUGCCUGGCGCUGGCCUGGGCCCUUGUGGCCCUGCUCUUGGUGCAGAAGACAGAGACCCAGGGCAGCACGGAGCCUGCUGUGAACAGUCAGAGGGUGGACGUCGCUCGGAGCAUGACCAUCAUCCCGCCCAUCACCGUCUUCCCCACCAUGAGCUCCCUGAACGCCGCGCACAACGGGCGGGUGUGCAGCACCUGGGGCGACUUCCACUAUAAGACCUUCGACGGGGACGUCUUCCGCUUCCCGGGCCUGUGCAACUACGUCCUCUCCAUGCACUGCGGGGCCGCCUACGAGGACUUCAACGUCCAGGUCCGCCGCGGCCUGGCCGGCUCCAGGCCUACCAUCACCCACAUCAUCCUCAAGACCCAGGGGCUGGUGCUGGAGGCCUCCAACGGCUCGAUCCUCAUCAACGGGCAGCGGGAGGAGCUGCCCUACAGCCGCGCUGGCGUCCUGGUAGAGGAGAGCAGUGUCUACAUCAAGGUUGAAGUCCGGCUGGUGCUAACCUUCCUGUGGAACAGAGAGGAAGCCACCCUGCUGGAGCUGGACCCCAAGUACGCCAACCAGACGUGUGGUCUGUGUGGGGACUUCAACGGACUCCGGGCCGUCAACGAGUUCUAUGCCCAUAACACCAGGCUGACCCCUCUCCAGUUUGGAAAUCUCCAGAAGCUGGACGGGCCCACAGAGCAAUGCCAGGACCCCCUGCCUUCCCCCGCCAACAACUGCACGGAUAGGGAGGGCAUCUGCCACCGCACCCUGUUGGGCCCGGCCUUCUCGGAGUGCAACACGCUGGUGGACCCUGCCGUGUACGUGGCCGCCUGCACCCAGGAUCUGUGCCGCUGCCCGGACUGCCCGUGUGCCACCUUCGCCGAGUACUCCCGCCAGUGUGCCCAUGCAGGGGGACAGCCCCAGAACUGGAGGGGCCCUGACCUCUGCCCCUGGACCUGCCCCCUCAACACACAGCAGCGGGAAUGCGGCUCGCCCUGCGCGGACACCUGCUCCAACCCGGAGCGCUCCCAGCUCUGCGAGGACCACUGUGUGGAUGGCUGCUUCUGCCCCCCAGGCACGGUGCUGGAUGACGUCACCCACACGGGCUGCCUGCCCCUAGAACAGUGUCCAUGCACCCACGGCGGCCACACCUAUGCCCCGGGGGCCUCCUUCACCACCAGCUGCAGCUCCUGCACCUGCUCUGGGGGGCUGUGGCAAUGCCAGAACCUUCCGUGUCCUGGCACCUGCUCCGUCCAGGGCGGGUCCCACAUCUCCACCUACGAUGAGAGACUCUACGAUGUGCAUGGGGACUGCAGCUACGUCCUGUCCAAGAAAUGUGCAGACAACGGCUUCACUGUGCUGGCCGAGCUGCGGAAAUGUGGCCUGACGGACAACGAGAACUGCCUCAAAAUGGUGACGCUCAGCAUGAAUGGCGGGGACACGAUCAUCCAGAUCCAGGCCAGCGGCGGGGUAUUCCUGAACUCUGUGCACACGCGGCUGCCCGUGUCAGCAGCCAACAUCACCAUCUUCAGGCCUACGUCCUUCUUCGUCCUGGUGCACACGGGCCUCGGGCUGCAGCUGCAGGUUCGGCUGGUGCCCCUCAUGCAGGUGUUCCUCAGGCUGGACCCCUCCUAUCGCGGACAGAUGUGCGGCCUGUGCGGGAACUUCAACCAGAACCAGGCUGAUGACUUCCGGACCCUCAGCGGCGUGGUGGAGGGCACGGCCGCCGCCUUCGCCAACACCUGGAAGACCCAGGCUGCCUGCCCCAACGUCAAGAACAGCUUCGAGGACCCCUGCUCCCUCAGCGUGGAGAACGAGAACUACGCCCAGCACUGGUGCUCCCUGCUGACCGACCCUGCCGGAGCCUUCUCGCCCUGUCACUCUGUCCUCAACCCUGCACCCUUCCACUCGCACUGCAUGUUCGACACGUGCAACUGUCAGAAGAGCGAGGACUGUCUGUGUGCGGCCCUGUCCUCCUACGUGCACGCCUGUGCCGCCAAGGGGGUGCUGCUCAGAGGCUGGAGGGACGGCGUGUGCACCAAGUAUGUGAGCAGCUGCCCCAAGUCCCAGAACUACAGCUAUGUGGUGGCCGGCUGCCAGCCCACCUGCCGCGCUCUGAGCCAGGUCGACGUCACCUGCGGCAUCACCUUCGUGCCUGUGGACGGCUGCAUCUGCCCCUCGGGCACCUUCCUGGAUGACUCGGGUGCCUGCGUGUCCGCUGAGGCCUGUCCCUGCUACUUCCGUGGCUCUGCAGUGGCCCCGGGGGAGGUGGUGCACGACGACAGCGUGGUGUGCUCGUGCGUGGGUGGGAAGCUGAGUUGCCUGGGAGCAGCGGAGCACAGGAGCUCAGGGUGCGCGGCCCCCAUGGUGUACCUGGACUGCCGCAACGUCUCCGCCGGCGCGCCCGGGGCCGAGUGUCUCAGGAGCUGCCACACGCUGGACGUGGACUGUUUCAGCACUCACUGCGUGUCCGGCUGCGUCUGCCCCCCGGGGCUGGUGUCUGACGGGAGCGGAGGCUGCGUGGCGGAGGAGGACUGUCCUUGUCUGCACAACGAGGCCGCCUACAAGCCCGGGGAGACCAUCAGGGUCGACUGUAACACCUGCACGUGCAGGAGCCGCAGGUGGGAAUGCAGCAGCAAGGCCUGCCUGGGCACCUGCGUGGCCUACGGGGACGGCCACUUCAUCACCUUCGAUGGCGAGCGCUACAGCUUUGAAGGAAGUUGCGAGUACACGCUGGCUCAGGACUACUGUGGGGGCAAUGGCACCGGCACCACAAAUGGGACUUUCCGCGUCAUCACCGAAAAUGUCCCCUGUGGGACCACGGGUGUCACCUGCUCUAAGGCCAUCAAGCUCUUCCUGGAGAACUAUGAGCUGAUCCUGCGUGAGGGCACCCACAAGGUGGUGCAGAGGGGGCCGGGCGGAGACCUGCCGUACAAGGUCCGGUACACGGGCGUCUACCUGACUGUCGAGACCCGCAGUGGCGUGGUGGUGUCCUGGGACCGAAAGACCAGCGUGUUCAUCCGACUACAGCAGGGCUACAAGGGCCGGGUCUGCGGGCUGUGCGGGAACUUUGACGACAACGCCGUCAAUGACUUCACCACGCGGAGCCAGUCCGUGGUGGGCAACGCCCUGGAGUUUGGCAACAGCUGGAAAUUCUCCCCGUCCUGCGCCGACGCCCCGGCCCCCAGGGACGCCUGCACCGCCAACCCGCACCGCAAGUCCUGGGCCCAGAAGCAGUGCAGCGUCCUCAACAGCGCCACCUUCGCCGCCUGCCAUUCUCAGGUCGACUCCACCAAGUAUUACGAGGCCUGCGUGGGCGACACGUGUGCCUGUGACUCCGGGGGCGACUGUGAGUGUCUCUGCACGGCCGUGGCCGCCUACGCCCAGGCCUGCCGCGAUGUGGGCGUGUGCGUGUCCUGGCGGACCCCGGACAUCUGCCCCUUGUUCUGCGACUACUACAACCGCGAGGGCCAGUGCGAGUGGCACUACCAGCCGUGCGGCGCGCCCUGCAUGAGGACCUGCCGGAACCCGAGCGGCCGCUGCCUGACCGACCUGCCGGGCCUGGAAGGCUGCUAUCCAAAGUGCCCGCCCAGCGAGCCGUUCUUCAACGAGGACCAGAUGAAGUGCGUGGCCCAGUGCGGCUGCUACGAUGAGGACGGGAACUACCAUGACGUGGGCACGAGGGUCCCCACGGCAGAGAACUGCCAGAGCUGUGAAUGCACGGCCGGCGGCCUCCGGUGCACGCACAGCCUCGAAGCCUGCACCUGCACCUACGAGGGCAGGACCUACCAUUUCGAGGACGUCAUCUACAACACGACCGACGGGCUCGGUGCCUGUUUGAUCGCCAUCUGUGGAAGCAAUGGGACCGUCAUUCGGAGGGCCGUGGAAUGUCCCGGAACCCCGUCCACGACACCCUUCACCUUCACCACCACCGUGAAGUCGCCCACCACUUACCUCUCCACAACAGUCCCCACCUCCUCCACCGUGUGUGUGCGAGAAGUGUGCUAUUGGUCCGGCUGGCAUGACAGCAGCCAUCCAGAGCCUGGCCUGGCAGGUGGAGACUUUGAGACGUUUGUGAACCUGAGGCAGAGGGGCCAUGAGGUCUGCCCAGCCCCAGUGGCCAUUGAGUGCCGGGCACAGAAAUUCCCCCACAUCCCGCUGCAGCUUCUGGGCCAGAAAGUGGAGUGUGACGUGGCCCGGGGGCUGACUUGCCUCAACGGUGAGCAGAGCCACCAGCUAUGCUACAACUACGAGCUGCAAGUCCUCUGCUGUGACCACGUGCCCUGUGGCACCUCCCCUGGUGCCACCACCCAGCAGCCACCAGUCAGCUCCCUGUCUGGCCCCACCUUCCAGUCCACGGCGGCGCCCACCGUCCAGUCCACGGAGGCCCCCACCGUCCAGUCCACACGGGCCCCCACCGUCCAGUCCACGGGGGUCCCCACCUUCCAGUCCACGGGGGCCCCCCACCAUCCAGUCCACGCGGGCCCCCACCUUCCAGUCCACGGCGGCCCCCACCGUCCAGUCCACGGAGGCCCCCACCUUCCAGUCCACGGGGGUCCCCACUUCCAGUCCACGGGGGCCCCCACCAUCCAGUCCACGCUGGCCCCCACCUUCCAGUCCACGGCGGCCCCCACCGUCCAGUCCACCCUGGCCCCCACCUUCCAGUCCACGGCGGCCCCCACCGUCCAGUCCACGCUGGCCCCCACCUUCCAGUCCACGGGGGCCCCCACCGUCCUGUCCACGCUGGCCCCCACCUUCCAGUCCACGGGGGCCCCCACCAUCCUGUCCACGCUGGCCCCCACCUUCCAGUCCACGGCGGCCCCCACCGUCCAGUCCACGCUGGCCCCCACCUUCCAGUCCACGGGGGCCACAACCACGACAGGGACCCGGACACUAAGCAGCUCCUCGGCCUCGGCCACCACCGCCUGUCAGCCCCGGUGUCGGUGGACACGGUGGUUCGAUGAGGACUACCCCAAGUCCGAGGAGGCCGGGGGGGACGUUGAGUCGUAUGACAAGAUCAGGAGGGCGGGAGGGGCCGUGUGCGAGCAGCCGGAGGACAUCGAGUGCCAGGCCGAGAUCUUCCCCGGCAGGAGCCCCGCGGAGCUGGGCCAGCACGUGCACUGCGACCCCAGCUUCGGCCUGGUGUGCAGGAACGAGGAGCAGGCGGGCCUGUUCAAGAUGUGCUACAACUACAGGAUCCGUGUGCUCUGCUGCAGCCGCGACCACUGCGCGGGGCCCGCCACCACCGCCGGGCCGUGGCCUCGGACGAGCCCGCGGGGGACCCCGUGGCGCCCCUCGACGGGAUCCACCCCGGCGUCAGGGACGACACCAACCCACGCGGCUCCCACCGUCACAAGAGCAGCGGGCGCAACCGGCACCGGCACCGUCAGCCCACCGUCCGCAGAGACGACCGCGCCAACGACAAAGACGUCGCCGGGAACCCCGGGAACCGGGCCCACCACCGGCCAGGGCACGACGGGCUGUCAGCCCCAGUGCGAGUGGACAGACUGGUUUGACGUGGACUUCCCGACCUCAGGGGUGGAGGGCGGGGACAUGGAGACCUUCGACAACAUCAGGGCCGCCGGGGGCAAGCUGUGCCGGGAGCCCAAGGACGUACAGUGCCGGGCAGAGAGCUACCCCGAGGUCAGCGUCGACCAGAUCGGGCAGGUGAUCAGCUGCAGCCUGCAGACAGGGCUGGUCUGUAGGAACGCGGACCAGAAGGGCCAGUUCAACAUGUGCUUCAACUAUAACGUCCGGGCGCUCUGCUGCCAGCCCUCCCCCCACUGCCCCAGCUCCGCGGCUCCCAGCACCAGCAGCACUGCCGCUGGGGCUGUGACGUCACGGGGACCAGGGGCCCCCACCACAGCAGUAACCCGGUCCCAGACCUCUUCCCCCAGGAACACCCCGAUGGUCACUGUCCCCACCUCCCAGACAGGUCCUUCCUCCCCCGGGACCACCCAGACCCUUCCUCCUUUGUCUGGGGGGACCACCCAGAUCCUUCCUUCUUCCCCCAGGACCACCCAGACCCCUCCUUCUUCUGGGACCACCUGGAGGGUCACUGUCCCCACCUCCCAGACAGUUCCUUCCUCCCCCAGGACCACCCAGACCCUUCCCCCUUCCUCUGGGACCACCCGGAGGGUCACUGUCCCCACCUCCCAGCCAGGUCCCUCCUCCCCCCAGACCACCCAGAGACUCUCUGUGGCCACCGGCCAGACGCUUCCUCCCUCUGCCAGGAUCACAGAGAGGGUCUCCAGCCCCAGCCCCUCCUCCUCUCCGGGCAUCCCCACGACGACGAGCAAGCCCACCUCAGCCCACGCACCCACCACGGUCCCUGUGGUGACCUCCAGUGGGCGGACCACCCCCUGGUCCCGGCCCAGCAGGCCCACCUCCAGGACCACAUCGCUCUCCACAGCCUCGCGGCCCGGCUCCACAAGGCACACGCUGGUCCCCUCGUCCUCCCCGGGCUGCAGGCCACGGUGCUCGUGGACAGACUGGUUCGACGAGGACUACCCCAUACCGGGCCCCGACGGUGGGGACUUCGAGACCUUCGCGGUCUGGCGCUUGGCCGGGCACGUCUUCUGUGACCGGCCCCAGGACAUCGAGUGCCGAUCAGAGAAGGUGCCCGAUGUGCCCCUGGAGGACGUGGGGCAGGUGGUCCAGUGCAAUGUGAGCUUUGGGCUGGUGUGCCGCAACCGUGAGCAGCCGGGGCCCCUGCCCUACUGCCACAACUUCCACGUGCGAUUGCUCUGCUGUGAGGACUACAGCCACUGUGCCAGCUCUGCGGUCCCUGAGCCCACCACCAGCAGCAGCAGCACAGGACAAAUGUCAUCGCAGGUUCCUGGGCCACAGACGACGGCCACGCACCCCUCUUCCCCUGCCACGACCCAGAGGGUCACUGUCCCCACCACCCAGACCCUUCCUCCUUCCUCUGGGACCACCAAAACCCUUCCUCCUUCCUCUGGGACCACCCAGACCCCUCUGCCUUCCUCUGGGACCACCCAGAUGCUUCCUUCUUCCCCUGGCACCACCAAAACCCUUCCUCCUUCCUCUGGGACCACCCAGACACUUCCUUCUUCCCCUGGGACCACCAAAACCCUUCCUCCUUCCUCUGGGACCACCCAGACACUUCCUUCUUCCCCUGGGACCACCAAAACCCUUCCUCCUUCCUCUGGGACCACCCAGACCCCUCCUCCUUCCUCUGGGACCACCAGACCCUUCCUUCUUCCCCUGGGACCACCCAGAGCCUUUCUGUUUCCUCUGGGACUACAGAUCCUUCCUUCCUCCCAAGAGACCACCCAGAGGGUCUCUGUCCCCACCUCCCAGCCAGGUCCCUCCUCCUCUUGGACCACCCAGACCCUUCCUCCUUUGUCUGGGACCACCCAGAUCCUUCCUUCUUCCCCCAGGACCACCCAGACCCCUCCUUCUUCUGGAACCACCCGGAGGGUCACUGUCCCCACCUCCCAGACAGUUCCUUCCUCCCCCAGGACCACCCAGACCCUUCCCCCUUCCUCUGGGACCACCCAGAGGGUCACUGUCCCCACCUUCCAGCCAGGUCCCUCCUCCCCUCAGACCACCCAGAGACUCUCUGUGGCCACCGGCCAGACGCUUCCUCCCUCUGCCAGGAUCACAGAGAGGGUCUCCAGCCCCAGCCCCUCCUCCUCUCCGGGCAUCCCCACGACGACGAGCAAGCCCACCUCAGCCCACGCACCCACCACGGUCCCUGUGGUGACCUCCAGUGGGCGGACCACCCCCUGGUCCCGGCCCAGCAGGCCCACCUCCAGGACCACACCGCUCUCCACAGCCUCGCGGCCCGGCUCCACAAGGCACACGCUGGUCCCCUCGUCCUCCCCGGGCUGCAGGCCACGGUGCUCGUGGACAGACUGGUUCGACGAGGACUACCCCAUACCGGGCCCCGACGGCGGGGACUUCGAGACCUUCGAGGUCUGGCGAUUGGCCGGGCACGUCUUCUGUGACCGGCCCUGGGACAUCGAGUGCCGAUCAGAGAAGGUGCCCGAUAUGCCCCUGGAGGACGUGGGGCAGGUGGUCCAGUGCAACGUGAGCUUUGGGCUGGUGUGCCGCAACCGCGAGCAGCCGGGGCCCCUGCCCUACUGCCACAACUUCCACGCGCGACUGCUCUGCUGUGAGGACUACAGCCACUGCGCCACCCCGCCCGCCACCACCGCGGCCCCCUCCCCGUCCCCGGAGACCUCCCGUACCUCGGCGAUGCCCACCACCACGCCCACCACUGUCUCCCGCUCCCCGCCCGGCACCCGGGUCAGUGCGUCCCCGACGUGGCACACCGAGACCUCGUCCGGCCUCCCCGGCACCGUGCCCAGCACCGCCGGGGCCACGUCCAGCACCAGGGCCUCCUUACCGCCCCCCACGACCGAGGCCACCAGCUCCCCGCUGAGCACCACCCCGGGCCCCUCCACGGCCACGUCACCAGCAGUCGGGUCCACGGCCUGCGAGCCUCGCUGUGCCUGGACGGAUUGGCUAGACGAGAGCUAUCCGGUGCCAGGGGCCUCUGGUGGGGACUUUGAGACGUAUGCCAACAUCCGGGCGGCCGGCAAAGCCAUCUGCAAGCGGCCCCUGGACCUGGAGUGUCGGGCCGAGCUGCUGCCCGAUGUGCCCCUGCAGGAGCUGGGCCAGGUGGUGCAGUGCAGGCUGGACGAGGGUCUGGUGUGCCACAAUCGUGACCAGGUUGGCCGGUUCAAGAUGUGCCUCAACUACCACAUCCGCGUGCUCUGCUGUGACGACUACAGCCACUGUCCCAGCACCCUGGCCACCACUACGAUGACCCCCCGGGCCACCAGCCCGGGUCCGACCCCCACACUGGCUGCCAGUACCACCGCCUGGUCCCCAACGACCCCCGGUCCUACAGCGCCCAGCACGGGCCACACCGCGGCCACCUUCCCGUGCCAGCCUGCCUGCCGCUGGACGGGCUGGCUGGACAGUGACCAGCCCCUGCCCGGCCGCUUCGGGGGCGACAUUGAGACCUACUACCACAUCCAGGACACGGGCGGCCAGCUCUGCGCGGAUCCUGAGGCCAUCGAGUGCCAGGCCGUCCUCUUCCCGGACGUGCCCUUGGAGCAGCUGGGCCAGGUGCUACGAUGUGACGUCAACUACGGACUCAUCUGCAGGAACAACCGGCAGAGAGGAGGCCAGACUUGCCUCAACUACCACAUCCGCGUGCUCUGCUGUGAGGACUACAGCCACUGUGCCAGCUCUGCGGUCCCUGAGCCCACCAGCAGCAGCAGCAGCAGCACAGGACAAAUGUCAUCGCAGGUUCCUGGGCCACAGACGACGGCCACGCACCCCUCUUCCCCUGCCACGACCCAGAGGGUCACUGUCCCCACCACCCAGACCCUUCCUCCUUCCCCUGGGACCAUGCAGACAAUUCCUUCUUCCCCUGGGACCACCCAGACCCUUUUUACUUCCCUGGGACCACCCAGACCCCUCCUCCUUUCUCUGGGACGACUCAGACCCUUCCUUCUUCCCCUGGGACCACCCACACCCUUUUUACCUCCCCUGGGACCACCCAGACCCUUCCUUCUUCCUCUGGGACCACCCAGACCCUUCCUUCUUCCCGUGGGACCACCCACACCCUUUUUACCUCCCCUGAGACCACCCAGACCCUUCCUUCUUCCUCUGGGACCACCCAGACCCCUCCUCCUUUCUCUGGGACGACUCAGACCCUUCCUUCUUCCCCUGGGACCACCCACACCCUUUUUACCUCCCCUGGGACCACCCAGACCCUUCUUUCUUCCUCUGGGACUACCCAGACCAUUCCUUCUUCCUCUGGGACCACCCAGACCCUUCCUUCUUCCCGUGGGACCACCCACACCCUUUUUACUUCCCCUGGGACCACCCACACCCUUCCUUCUUCCCCUGGGACCACCCACACCCUUUUUACCUCCCCUGGGACCACCCAGACCGUUCCUCCUUCCCCUGGGACCAUGCACAAUUCCUUCUUCCCCUGGGACCACCCAGACCCUUUUUACUUCCCCUGGGACCACCCAGAGCCUUUCUGUUUCCUCUGGGACCACCCAGAUCUUUCCUUCCUCCCAAAGGACCACCCAGAGGGUCUCUGUCCCCACCUCCCAGCCAGGUCCCUCCUCCCCUCAGACCACCCAGAGACUCUCUGUGGCCACCGGCCAGACGCUUCCUCCCUCUGCCAGGAUCACAGAGAGGGUCUCCAGCCCCAGCCCCUCCUCCUCUCCGGGCAUCCCCACGACGACGAGCAAGCCCACCUCAGCCCACGCACCCACCACGGUCCCUGUGGUGACCUCCAGUGGGCGGACCACCCCCUGGUCCCGGCCCAGCAGGCCCACCUCCAGGACCACACCGCUCUCCACAGCCUCGCGGCCCGGCUCCACAAGGCACACGCUGGUCCCCUCGUCCUCCCCGGGCUGCAGGCCACGGUGCUCGUGGACAGACUGGUUCGACGAGGACUACCCCAUACCGGGCCCCGACGGUGGGGACUUCGAGACCUUCGAGGUCUGGCGAUUGGCCGGGCACGUCUUCUGUGACCGGCCCUGGGACAUCGAGUGCCGAUCAGAGAAGGUGCCCGAUAUGCCCCUGGAGGACGUGGGGCAGGUGGUCCAGUGCAACGUGAGCUUUGGGCUGGUGUGCCGCAACCGCGAGCAGCCGGGGCCCCUGCCCUACUGCCACAACUUCCACGCGCGACUGCUCUGCUGUGAGGACUACAGCCACUGCGCCACCCCGCCCGCCACCACCGCGGCCCCCUCCCCGUCCCCGGAGACCUCCCGUACCUCGGCGAUGCCCACCACCACGCCCACCACUGUCUCCCGCUCCCCGCCCGGCACCCGGGUCAGUGCGUCCCCGACGUGGCACACCGAGACCUCGUCCGGCCUCCCCGGCACCGUGCCCAGCACCGCCGGGGCCACGUCCAGCACCAGGGCCUCCUUACCGCCCCCCACGACCGAGGCCACCAGCUCCCCGCUGAGCACCACCCCGGGCCCCUCCACGGCCACGUCACCAGCAGUCGGGUCCACGGCCUGCGAGCCUCGCUGUGCCUGGACGGAUUGGCUAGACGAGAGCUAUCCGGUGCCAGGGGCCUCUGGUGGGGACUUUGAGACGUAUGCCAACAUCCGGGCGGCCGGCAAAGCCAUCUGCAAGCGGCCCCUGGACCUGGAGUGUCGGGCCGAGCUGCUGCCCGAUGUGCCCCUGCAGGAGCUGGGCCAGGUGGUGCAGUGCAGGCUGGACGAGGGUCUGGUGUGCCACAAUCGUGACCAGGUUGGCCGGUUCAAGAUGUGCCUCAACUACCACAUCCGCGUGCUCUGCUGUGACGACUACAGCCACUGUCCCAGCACCCUGGCCACCACUACGAUGACCCCCCGGGCCACCAGCCCGGGUCCGACCCCCACACUGGCUGCCAGUACCACCGCCUGGUCCCCAACGACCCCCGGUCCUACAGCGCCCAGCACGGGCCACACCGCGGCCACCUUCCCGUGCCAGCCUGCCUGCCGCUGGACGGGCUGGCUGGACAGUGACCAGCCCCUGCCCGGCCGCUUCGGGGGCGACAUUGAGACCUACUACCACAUCCAGGACACGGGCGGCCAGCUCUGCGCGGAUCCCGAGGCCAUCGAGUGCCAGGCCGUCCUCUUCCCGGACGUGCCCUUGGAGCAGCUGGGCCAGGUGCUACGAUGUGACGUCAACUACGGACUCAUCUGCAGGAACAACCGGCAGAGAGGAGGCCAGACUUGCCUCAACUACCACAUCCGCGUGCUCUGCUGUGAGGACUACAGCCACUGUGCCAGCUCUGCGGUCCCUGAGCCCACCAGCAGCAGCAGCAGCAGCACAGGACAAAUGUCAUCGCAGGUUCCUGGGCCACAGACGACGGCCACGCACCCCUCUUCCCCUGCCACGACCCAGAGGGUCACUGUCCCCACCACCCAGACCCUUCCUCCUUCCCCUGGGACCAUGCAGACAAUUCCUUCUUCCCCUGGGACCACCCAGACCCUUUUUACUUCCCCUGGGACCACCCAGAGCCUUUCUGUUUCCUCUGGGACCACCCAGAUCUUUCCUUCCUCCCAAAGGACCACCCAGAGGGUCUCUGUCCCCACCUCCCAGCCAGGUCCCUCCUCCUCUUGGACCACCCAGACCCUUCCUCCUUCUUCUGGGACGACCCAGAUCCUUCCUUCUUCCCCCAGGACCACCCAGGCCCCUCCUUCUUCUGGGACCACCCGGAGGGUCACUGUCCCCACCUCCCAGACAGUUCCUUCCUCCCCCAGGACCACCCAGACCCUUCCCCCUUCCUCUGGGACCACCCGGAGGGUCACUGUCCCCACCUCCCAGCCAGGUCCCUCCUCCCCCCAGACCACCCAGAGACUCUCUGUGGCCACCGGCCAGACGCUUCCUCCCUCUGCCAGGAUCACAGAGAGGGUCUCCAGCCCCAGCCCCUCCUCCUCUCCGGGCAUCCCCACGACGACGAGCAAGCCCACCUCAGCCCACGCACCCACCACGGUCCCUGUGGUGACCUCCAGUGGGCGGACCACCCCCUGGUCCCGGCCCAGCAGGCCCACCUCCAGGACCACACCGCUCUCCACAGCCUCGCGGCCCGGCUCCACAAGGCACACGCUGGUCCCCUCGUCCUCCCCGGGCUGCAGGCCACGGUGCUCGUGGACAGACUGGUUCGACGAGGACUACCCCAUACCGGGCCCCGACGGCGGGGACUUCGAGACCUUCGCGGUCUGGCGCUUGGCCGGGCACGUCUUCUGUGACCGGCCCCGGGACAUCGAGUGCCGAUCAGAGAAGGUGCCCGAUGUGCCCCUGGAGGAGGUGGGGCAGGUGGUCCAGUGCAACGUGAGCUUUGGGCUGGUGUGCCGCAACCGCGAGCAGCCGGGGCCCCUGCCCUACUGCCACAACUUCCACGUGCGACUGCUCUGCUGUGAGGACUACAGCCACUGCGCCACCCCGCCCGCCACCACCGCGGCCCCCUCCCCGUCCCCGGAGACCUCCCGUACCUCGGCGAUGCCCACCACCACGCCCACCACUGUCUCCCGCUCCCCGCCCGGCACCCGGGUCAGUGCGUCCCCGACGUGGCGCACCGAGACCUCGUCCGGCCUCCCCGGCACCGUGCCCAGCACCGCCGGGGCCACGUCCAGCACCAGGGCCUCCUUACCGCCCCCCACGACCGAGGCCACCAGCUCCCCGCUGAGCACCGCCCGGGGCCCCUCCCCGGCCGCCUCCACAUCCCUGCCUGUCACGGUGUGGACCUCGUCCACUUCCGUGGUCACCACCCCGAGGCCCCCAGCAUCCAGCAGCACACACUUCACCACCGGCUGCUUCUGCCAGGCAUAUGGGCAGCUCUUCUCUCCCGGGGAUGUGGUCUACAACAAGACGGACGGUGCGGGCUGCCACUUCUCUGCCAUCUGCAACCAGCGCUGCGACAUCGACCGCUUCCAGGGCACCUGCCCCACCUCCUCACCCCCAGCAUCCUCGGCCCCCCUGUCCCCCUCCUCCGCAGCUCCUCCCUGCGACCUCCUCGUCCCUCCCCGACAGGUGAACGAGUCCUGGACCCUGCCGGACUGCACGGUGGCCCGGUGUGAAGGCAACAACCGCAUGGUGCUUCUGGAGCGGAAGUCAGCGGCCAGUGUGAGCUGCGUGAAUGGGCGUCGGCCAGUCAGAGUGUGGCAAGGGAGCGAGCCGUGUGACUUCCGUUUUGAGUGCGAGUGCUUGUGCAGCGGCUGGGGUAACUCUCACUACAACACCUUUGACGGCACCUCCUACUCCUUCGUGGACAACUGCACCCACGUGCUCAUGCGGGAGAUCCGCCCGCGCCACGGGAACCUCAGCAUCUACAUGCACAACUACUACUGUGGGGCCACCUCAGCCACUGCCCAGUGUCCCCGUGCCCUCAGCGCCCGCUAUAAGUCCACGGAGGUCAUCCUCACCACCAGCACCGGCGCCAACGGGCAGGAGGAGCCCCUGAUAUUGUUUGACCGAAAGCAAGUGAGCCCGGGCUUUGCAAAGAACGGCGUGAGUGUGUCCGUGACAGGCAGCACCUCGAUGGGCAUGGACAUUCCUGCCCUUGAUGUCAGCGUCAGCUUCGACGGACACGUCUUCCAGGUCCGGCUGCCCUACACCCACUUCAGCCACAACACGGAGGGCCAGUGCGGCACCUGCACCAACAGCCAGACAGACGACUGCCGCCGGCCAGACGGCACCACCGCCUCCACCUGCCAAGACAUGGCCCGUACCUGGCUGGUCCAAGAGAGCAGCAGGGAGGACUGCGGGGCACCCACCCCCCAGCCCCCGGUACCCGCCACGCCCACCUCCUCCCCAUGCCCCCCAGCACCUCUCUGCGAGCUGUUGCUGAGCCCGGUCUUCGCAGAGUGCCACGACCUCAUCCCGCCGGGCCCGUUCUUCAGCUCCUGCGUCAGUGAUGGCUGCCGAGCCGACCGCCAGGCGCCCUGCAAGAGCCUGGGGGCCUACGCAGCACUCUGCCGUGCCCAGGGCGUGUGCAGCAGCUGGCGCAACGCCACCGGCGGGCUGUGCCAUUUCACCUGUCCGUCCGGCAAGGUGUACCAGCCGUGUGGCCCCGCACAGCCUGCGUCCUGCGACUCCAGGCACCAGAGCGAGGUGGGCAAGGGGCUGGCGGAAGGCUGCUUCUGCCCGGAUGGACACACCCUCUUCAACACGCACACAAACGUCUGCGUGCGGGAGUGCGGCUGUGUGGGACCAGACGGGUUUCCCAAAUCUCCCGGGGAGCGGUGGGUCAGCAACUGCCAGGACUGCUUGUGUCACGAGGGCUCCCUGUCCGUGCGGUGCACGCCCGUGCUGUGCGAAGCCCAGGACCGGCCCCUGCAGUGCAGCCGGGCGGGCCUGGUGACUGUGACCAGGCCUGUGGCUGACAAGCCGUGCUGCCUGGAGACGCUGUGCGUCUGCAACACGACCACCUGCCCCCAGAGCCCGCCCAAAUGUGUGCCGGGAGAGGAGCUGGUGGCCACCCAGGAGGAGGGCGACUGCUGCCCCACCUUCAGCUGCCGACCUAAGCUGUGCACCUACAAUGGCACCGCCUAUGGGAUCGGUGCAACCUUCCCAGCGGUCACUCCCUGCCACACAUGCACCUGCCUGUCCGUGGACACCCAGCACCCAACGGUGCAGUGUAAGGAGGACAACUGCAGCACCACCUGCCCCCAGGGCUUCCAGUACCAGAAGGUGGACGGACAGUGCUGUGGGGAGUGCGUGCAGACAGCGUGUCUCACGCCGGACGGCCGGCUGGUCCAGCCCAACGAGACCUGGGUCAGCAGCCUCGUGGACAACUGCACGGAGUACCGCUGCGACGCCAAGAACGGGCUCCACGUGCUCACCCCGAGGCCGCUGCCCUGCCCGGACCCGUCCAGCUGCAAGGGCAUCCUCAGGAAAACUGGCUGCUGCUACUCCUGUGAGGAAGUGGACUCCUGUCAAGUCCGGGUCAACAGGACGGUCCUGAGACACCAGGGCUGCGCCACCCAGGCCCCGGUCAACGUCACCUUCUGCGAGGGCUCAUGCCCAGGAGUGUCCAAGUUCUCCAUGGAGGCCCAGGCCAUGCAGCGUCAGUGCACCUGCUGCCAGGAGACGAGGCUUCACGAGGAGGUGGUGACCAUGCAGUGUCCCGAUGGGACAGCGGUCCAGCACACCUACACCCACGUGGACGAGUGCAGCUGUGCUCCGUCCUGCGUCCCUGCUCCCGAGGCUCCCGAGGACAGCACCCCCAUCUUCUCGAUCUAGGGGUCCACCACUGGCUGUUGCCAUUCUGACCCCAUCCCACAAGCUCCCUCCCUCCCCCUCCGGAGCCAGAACACUCACUACCCAACCGCGGAUAGCCGGGCCAGCCUGCUGCAGGACUCCGAGCACACCCUCCACCCGUGCCCUCGCAACACCUGCGCCCUGGAGGUGAUGGUGCCAUGACGGCCUGCCCGAGGGGGGCUCCAGGAGGGGGCCUCGCCCUCGGAGCCCCUUCAGCACGUCUUGGCCACCUGCCUGGCCAUCAGGGCCGACCCCUCAUUUGAGACACAAGCGCCUGCUCCGUGCGGACUCGCCCCCUUCUUGGUGUCAGAGGUGUGCCCCAUAGCAAAGUGCGCAUCAGCUGCCAUGCUGCUCUCCGCACUGUGGGCCUGCGUGCCCCCCUCCUGCCCCCCGCUGCUCCUCAAAGCCCCGGGGAACAGAUUCCUGCUGGCUACCUCCUGCAGCAGAAUUCAGGCUGAGGCCCGUCCUGGCAAGGCCAGGCCGGCAGCCUCCAGGGAGCGGUGUCAGGCAGGCCCAUGUCUGGACCCAGGCGUGGGGUUACCAUGGCCGACAGGAGGGCCCCGGGCAGGGGUGGGGGGCGUCGGAGCUCCCUCUGCUCACUCCACCCCGAUCUUGCAAAU